GUUGGUUGGUUGGUUGGAUGGUUGGGUGGUCGGUUGGCCGGGUUGGAUCGGUCGGUCGAGGUUCAAGUUUUUGGAGCACCGCGCGCGCUCGUUUCAUCCCGGCGCAUCCGAGUCGCGCGCGCGCGCGCGCGCGAUCGAUUCACGCACCAGACGAUCUUGGAGACCAGCGUGUGAGAUGUAAGAGCGGUGCGUGUGUGUCACGACGACCUGAGAAGACAACGGGAACUGUAAGCGAGGAACUUGGAUACAGAGGGACAGAAUAAUUCGCCAGAACGAUUCAUCGUUUGAUAGCGGUAUACGAGAUAGGAUGGCCGGCGACGACGGAACAACGAUGAACAAUGAGAUUCUUGGCGCACGGGGUGGCGCGGAGGAGGGGCAGGGUACGUCAACGCGAGGGGAGCUGCAUUCCAGAGUGGGCGGCAUUCUGGAAUGCGAUCCCCCCGGUAACAGGAAUUCGUCGAACGAGCGAGCUGCCGCCGCCGCUGCCGCUGCCGACGACGAAGACGGUGUCUGCCGAUAUGCGGUCGGCGCUGCUAAUCGCGCUAUGUCUUUCUUCGAAAUGUGUCAGAUUCGACUUCAACAUCUCUUUCCACAAUUGGGCCCACCACCACGAUACAAUAUCCACGACGAUUCUAUAGAAUCGACUGCCGAGAGUCUGGCCAAUGAUGUAAUACGAUACUUGUUAAAAGAAGAUAUCUAUCUUAUAUCCCAAGAUCCAGUAUCUCGUAGCAUGAGGCACAAUGUAUAUCAAAUGCUCAACAAACACAGCAUUCUCUUUACAAGUAUGGUAAAUCGUUUGAACGUUGUUCCGGACACUGCAUACGAAACAUUUAUGGGAGUUGCCAAUGAAUUGUUCUUACAUGGAGUUAUUACAUGGGCUAGAAUUGUUUGCUUAUACGCUUUCAUGGGCAGAUUAGCUCUAUGGGCUAGAGACAGAAGAAUGCACAGUCUUAAAAAGAAAUUGCCGCUAUACGUUUCUAGAUACGUUGGUGAAAAUAUAACGCAUUUUAUUAAAGGCUACGGUGGGUGGGAACAAUUAUGCGUAGAAUAUCCUGUGGCUGAAGAAAUUAGCGGAGCAAUUUGGAGGAGUUUAUUAAUGACAGGAGCCACUCUUGGUUUGAUCGCUACAAUCUUGUCGGUGACUUCCUGAUGGAGCCUUGCGAGAUCGUGUGGUUUGAGUAUGUUUUGUCCAAGAAAUUACCGCGUACUUACGUUCUACGAGAACACGCUCGAAAGGGAAAUGUAAACAGAUUUUUUUCUAUAUAAUGUACGUAUAAUAUUACGUAUUAAUAUACAUUUCACGAACAUCGGAACGAUUCGAUUCAAACGGAAAGUUUGCUACGUCUAUACGAGAAACAUACAAGAUUAACAAAAGAUACUUCAACGCGUUGACAUACAUAAUUUUCAUAUCAACGUCAGUCUGCUUAGAAUCAUUCUACUUUUUAUAUAACUCCAGCCAGCAUAUAUAGCAUGAGCGACAGACAAUGACGCUAGUUUCCUAUUACAAUACCUUAUAACACAAACUAGUGAAAUUAUAUAUGUAUAGUAAACAGAAUAUAUCUUAUUUAAUUCUAUAAUAGACAUUUUUUUAAUAUUAAAGUAAUUUUCAACAAUAAUACUCAAAAUUAAGGAAAUUAUUAGAAAUUUAUGCGAAACAAGAAUCUCUUUUUCUCUCGAAUUUUAUUGAAUUUAGGUAGACACAAUAUAUUUAUUUAUAAUUUAUUUUAGGUAGAGAAUAUAUUAAAUAAUAAAUUUUUUUCGAAUAUCUUUUUGUUCAUAGAACUGAUCGCAUCCAUACAAUUUUAAACAUUAAGAGAUAUAUGUAAUAGCGAUGGAAAAAAACAAGAAAUAGUUAAGAACUGUACCGUGAUAUAUAUUCAAAUAACGGCUACUUUUUUACAUGUCGAUAUAUUCUAUUAUUAUACACUUGCAAAAAUUUUAUAUUCAGAGAAUAAAUACUUUUAUAAAAUAAAGAUCUUUUUCCUGUAAUCAUUAUUAAAAGAAGAGACAGGGAAGAAAGAAAGAUUGAAAAAAAUACCUACUACAAAGAUAAAAUUAGUUUAUAAGACAAUUUCACAGCAAAAUAGAAAAUUUAAUAUAAUCUCUUAUUUUUUAAUCUGGGUGAUAUUUGCAUUAUUCAUGUUUGGUAAAACUCAGUUCUCAUACAACUAUCAAAUACUAUUAUCAAUGGAAAUUUACAGGGUAGAAUACACACAACUUGCUGUUGCUAUGAAAAUUUCAAUAUAGUUUUUUGCUACUACAAAUAAAAACUAUGCUCACAUACACAUAAAAUGAUACAAAGACUUACUUGAUAUGAUGUAAGUAAAUUUGUUUUCUUGGAAAACACAUUGAAUCAACAUUGUAGAGAGUAUUUUUAAUGUAUCAUUAUAAAUUAUAAGUAAAAUAAGUUUUAAUAUAUAUAUAUAUAUAUAUAUAUUGUUGCAUUAUGUCAUGUCAAAGGGGGGGAUCAGUCUUAAUCACUACAAAAUACUGUAAACGACAUAUGUCUAAUGUAUAUAUGUUUGCAAAUAAUCAAAAAUAAUAACUUCAUAUAUGU